CGUUUCAUCCAAAACCAUAUCAAGCCAACGUUCGCUCCGCGCUUAGCUUAUGCUUCAACUGAGAUAGGUAGUUCAAGAAGAAGAAGAUGGUUCGUCUUGGAGGGAAAAUGGUGGGCCGGGUAGCUAAAUUUGGCGGGAACGGCGUGGGACAGAUUCUGGCGGCCAUAGCAGCAGCCUUGUUGGUUCGCUUGUUUGCAGGUCCCGGCCCCGCGAUGCUGCCGGAGAACGAGGACGUCGAAGAGGACAUGAUGGACCAAAUCUCCGAAGAUGGUGACGCCAGCGAAGCUCCUAGUUCCGGAAAAAUUCGUCCGGUGACCAUCCGAUGGAGGAACAUCACAUGUUCCCUCUCUAACAAAUCCUCUAAAUUGGUAAGGUUUCUGCUAAAAAAUGUGACUGGGGAGGCGAAGCCCGGGAGAUUGCUGGCAAUUAUGGGGCCAUCAGGGUCAGGAAAGACAACACUGCUCAAUGUACUGGCAGGUCAGCUAAUGGCAUCCCCGAGUUUUCAUUUAUCAGGCUAUUUGGAAAUCAAUGGGAAGCCGUUUUCAAACAAAUCUUCCAAGUUCGCUUAUGUGAGACAGGAGGAUCUGUUCUUCUCACAGCUGACGGUGCGCGAGACACUGUCUCUUGCUGCUGAGCUUCAACUUCCAGAAAUAUUGUCCGCGGAAGAGAGAGAUGAUUACGUGAAUAAUUUAUUGUUCAAACUGGGCUUGGUUAGCUGUGCUAAUUCCAAUGUUGGUGAUGCAAAAGUUCGUGGAAUCAGUGGUGGUGAAAAGAAACGUCUAUCCUUGGCUUGUGAACUUAUUGCAAGCCCAUCUGUCAUAUUUGCUGAUGAGCCCACAACUGGGCUUGAUGCUUUCCAGGCUGAGAAAGUGAUGGAAACUCUUCAACAAUUGGCGCAGGAUGGACAUACUGUAAUUUGUGCUAUACACCAACCUAGAGGAUCAGUCUAUGUGAAAUUUGACGACAUUGUGUUGCUAACAGAGGGUGCACUUGUUUAUGCUGGUCCUGCAGGAGAUGAACCACUAAAAUACUUCUCAAAAUUUGGGUACCAAUGCCCAGAUCACGUGAAUCCUGCUGAAUUUUUGGCUGAUCUCAUAUCCAUUGACUACAGUUCUUCUGAAAGUGCCUACUCUUCUCAAAAAAGAAUAGAUGGCCUUGUCGAGUCUUUUGCACACCUCUCAUCUGCAAUUCUUUAUUCAUCUCCACUAACCAGAAGUGGUGGUUUUAAGGAUGGCAUGAAAUUCAGCAAGGAUAAAAUUUUAAAGGGGAAAGGGGGUUGGUGGAGGCAAUUCUGGCUACUUCUUAAACGUGCAUGGAUGCAGGCUUCUCGUGAUGGGCCAACAAACAAAGUUCGGGCAAGAAUGUCCAUUGCAUCUGCUAUAAUCUUUGGGUCGGUUUUCUGGAGAAUGGGAAGAUCUCAGACAUCAAUACAAGAUAGAAUGGGAUUACUUCAGGUGGCUGCAAUAAACACGGCUAUGGCAGGCCUUGUGAAGACUAUAGGUGUGUUUCCCAAGGAACGUGCCAUCGUUGAUAGAGAGCGGGCUAAGGGUUCUUAUGCAUUAGGACCCUAUUUGCUUUCUAAAUUGAUAGCUGAAACCCCUGUUGGAGCAGUGUUCCCAUUAAUGUUUGGUGCCAUACUGUACCCAAUGGCUAAUCUUCAUCCUUUGUUCUCCAGAUUUGGAAAGUUUUGUGGGAUUGUGACUGUGGAAUCAUUUGCUGCAUCUGCAAUGGGUCUAACUGUGGGGGCAAUGGUUCCAACAACUGAAGCUGCAUUGGCCGUCGGGCCUCCACUUAUGACAGUUUUCAUUGUGUUUGGUGGCUACUAUGUCAAUACAGAAAAUACACCUAUUAUCUUCAGAUGGAUUCCUCGUUUUUCUUUAAUAAGAUGGGCUUUUCAAGGGCUUUGCAUCAAUGAGUUUGAAGGUUUGCAGUUUGAUCAUCAAAAUUCAUAUGAUAUUCAAACUGGGGAACAGGCACUUGAACGGCUCUCUUUUGGAGGGAGUCGAAUUAGGGAUACAGUGAUAGCACAAAGUAAAAUAAUGUGCUUCUGGUAUUGCACCACUUACCUUCUCAUGGAGAAAAACAAGCCCAAAUACCAACGGCUUGAGCAACCUCCUCCGGCAGAACCCCCUCUGGUGGUACAGAUUGAGCCUUCAGAUUCCGACCAAUUUGAACAAUUUGAACAAGUUGAACGACCUCCAUCUAAUGAAGUCGAAUCAAACCAGCAACUUGAGUCACCUCCCUUUGACCAAGUCCGACCAUUUAUACUAGAAGGUGCUAAGUAAAGAGGAUGUCUUGCAAUUAAGAGUGGCCUCGUGCCUUUUUGGGCAAUUGAGCUGGUUUUAUGAAACUUGUCAACAUCCACAGAGUUUAUUUCUGUGUACUUAAAUGUCUAAAUUUAGAAUGCUGCUCCACAUAAACUCCUUUUCUUAAGGAAUUUGAUAGCGGAUCCCCGGGUGUUGACAUUCAGUAGAUGUUCAAUAAUAUUCCUGAAGUCUUCCUCAUUUGCAGGUUGCAACAUGAAUGAAAUGUUAAUUCUCCAACUCCCAUCUCCUUUUGAUGUUUCCUUCUUAUUUUGUUCUUGGUCUUGAUCUUAUUGAUAUCAAAGAUUAAUAAAAUUUGUACAAGUUUUCUAUCA